GGGAACAGAGUGAAACCGAGACGAGAGAAAGCGUGGCCGCUUUCCCUCCAUUUCUCCUCCUACCUACCUACCAAUAAGUAGUUUUCCCCUCUCUCUCUCGCUCUCGCUCUCGCUCUCUGCUUCUGCAACUCCUCUCAGCGGAGGCGAUUCACUCCUCCGUCUCUUUUUGCUUUAGAGUGGCCUAGGAAUCCUAAUUCCAGAAAUGGCGUCGGAGGUGUCCGACCCCGAGCAGCCAAAGCUCUCCUUCUUCGAGAGGAUUCUUAAGAAGGACGGAAGGAGCUCUUCGCAGGACGAUAUGGAUGGGGCGAGGGAGCCGCUCGUCACCGUCGUCGCUGAUCGGAGAGCUGAGGAUUACUCCCGCUGCGCUGCGAUUCUUCCGUUUUUAUUCCCAGCACUAGGUGGGCUGUUGUAUGGUUAUGACAUUGGUGCUACAUCUGGGGCGAGUGUUUCUCUGGAGUCUGCUGAAUUGAGUGGAACCACGUGGUACAAUUUAUCUUCCAUUGAACUUGGUGUUGUGGUGAGUGGAUCAGUGUAUGGUGCCUUGAUUGGAUCAAUUGUCGCAUUCAAUGUUGCAGAUUUUUUAGGUAGGCGAAGGGAGUUAAUUGUUUCCUCUACAUUAUACAUAAUUGGAGCACUGAUAACUGCUCUGGCACCUGACUUUGCUAUCCUGGUGAUUGGGCGCCUUGUCUAUGGUGUAGGAAUUGGACUGACUAUGCAUGCAGCUCCCAUGUACAUAGCAGAGACUGCUCCAAUGCAAAUCCGAGGAUUACUUAUAUCUCUCAAAGAGUGUUUUAUAGUUCUUGGAAUGCUUUUAGGGUAUACUAUUGGUAGUCUUGAAGUAGAUUUGGUUGGAGGGUGGCGCUAUAUGUAUGCUACAAGUAUUCCAUUGUCCAUAAUCAUGUUCAUUGGAAUGUUGUGGCUGCCAGCAUCGCCACGUUGGUUGCUUCUUUGUGCAAUGCAAAAUAGAGACAACACUGAGGAGUUCAAGAAUAGAGCAGUUUGUGCCUUCUGCAAGAUAAGAGGUCAACCUAUAGAUAUAGUAGCUUCUGAGCAUAUAUCUGAAAUGUUGGUUGACCUUUCUUUUAUGGAAGAAGAGAAACAGGCUUCGUUCAGGGAAGUAUUUCAGGGAAAGUGCUUGAAGGCUCUUAUAAUUGGCUGUGGUGUGGUUUUCUUCCAGCAGGUCACAGGACAACCAAGUGUCUUAUAUUAUGCAGCAACCAUAUUGCAGACUGCAGGGUUUACUGCUGCUUCUGAGUCUACUCGUGUCUCCAUACUUCUUGGCUUCUUGAAGUUAAUUGCCACUGGAGUAGCGGUCCUUGUUGUUGACAAAGUGGGAAGAAGACCGUUAUUGAUCACAGGCGUCACUGGAAUUAUCGUCUCAUUGUUUAUGCUGGCUGGAUAUUACCUCUUGUUGAAGGAUAUACCAUUUGUAGCUGUAAUCGCAUUGCUGUUGUAUGUCAGCUGUUAUCAGUUAUCAUUUGGCCCAAUUGGCUGGCUCCUGAUAUCUGAAAUAUUCCCCUUGCGCCUUCGAGGUCGUGGUUUAAGCAUUGCGGUGCUCGUAAAUUUUGGUGCUAAUGCUUUAGUAACCUUUGCUUUUUCUCCUUUAAGGGAACUGCUAGGAGCUGGCAUUCUUUUUGCAGGCUUUGGAGUGAUAGCCAUCUUAUCUUUGAUCUUCAUAAUCAUCUACGUACCUGAAACUAAAGGACUUACCUUGGAGGAGAUAGAAGCCAAAAUCUUGUGAAGUCAAAGUUCAUAGCUUCCGUGUAUUCUGCUGGCCACAUUCAUAUAUACAUAGCAACGUGUAUGUGUGUUUGUUGGCAUUCUUAAAGUUGUUACUGUAAAUUGUUAGGUGGCUUCUCUGGUUGUUGUAUAAUUCUCUUUCCCUUUAUUUGGAGAGUUUGUCAUCAUUAGUAGGCACACUAAUGAAAUACAAUAAAAAAUGAGAGCUACUAUUUGCAAUUAAAGGAACUGAGUGUCUUCUCAA